AGAGAGCAGAAUGUCCGGACGCGGAAAGCAAGGGGGCAAAGCCAGGGCGAAGGCCAAGACCCGCUCCUCCCGGGCCGGCCUGCAGUUCCCGGUGGGUCGCGUCCACCGCCUGCUGCGGAAGGGCAACUACGCCGAGCGGGUGGGCGCCGGGGCCCCCGUCUACCUGGCCGCCGUCCUCGAGUACCUGACGGCCGAGAUCCUCGAGCUGGCCGGCAACGCCGCCCGGGACAACAAGAAGACCCGCAUCAUCCCCCGACACCUCCAGCUAGCCAUCCGCAACGACGAGGAGCUCAACAAGCUGCUGGGGAAAGUCACCAUCGCCCAGGGAGGCGUCUUUCCCAACAUCCAGGCCGUCCUGCUGCCCGAGAAGACCGAGAGCCACAAGGCGAAAGGAAACUAAAUCGUAUUUUAUAGAAGCCGCAAGGGAAAAAAAACAAC